AUGCCUGAGGAGGUGUUAUUUCUGCAGAUGCUCGACUGUGUGCGCACAAAAACAGAUUUCGUUUCUCUCUUUCGGUCGCUGGCGUCCACAGAGUUUUGCUCGCGGUUCCUGGUUUACUAUUACUACCGCACGCUGGGGUGGGUGGUGAAAUCGGGACUCAAAUUUUCGUGCGAUUUUAUUUUGUACGAACGCGGUCCUGUUUUCCAGCAUUCGCAAUAUGCUGUGAAGAUCGCCACUCCGGGAACUUGGCUUGAGACGUGCUCGAUGAGCCGUGUGGUGGGAUCGGUGAAGAAGAAGCUAGUUCUGGUGUUUGUAAAGCCUCCGCCAAACUUUGACCAGCGUAUCAAGUGUCUCACAGACAAGAGAUCUGUUUUCGCGCUUCUCAAUGAUUUCAUACUUGACGAGAUCUCCUUCAAGCGCUGGUCGGCUGCACGCGAGAGGGAGUGA